AUGGACAUUCCAUAUUACCACUACGACCACGGCGGAGACAGCCAAUAUCUUCCGCCGGGUUUCAGGUUUCAUCCGACCGACGAAGAGCUCAUCACUCACUACCUCCUCCGCAAGGUCCUCGACGGUUGCUUCUCAAGCCGUGCCAUCGCAGAAGUUGAUCUCAACAAGUGCGAGCCUUGGCAACUUCCCGGGAAAGCUAAGAUGGGAGAGAAAGAAUGGUACUUUUUUAGCCUCCGUGACCGGAAAUAUCCGACAGGACUGAGAACGAACAGAGCAACGGAGGCUGGUUACUGGAAAGCUACAGGAAAAGACAGAGAGAUUUAUAGUUCAAAGACAUGUGCACUUGUUGGGAUGAAGAAGACUCUUGUCUUCUACAAAGGAAGAGCUCCAAAAGGAGAGAAGAGUAAUUGGGUUAUGCAUGAAUACCGUCUUGAAGGCAAAUUCUCUUACCAUUUCAUCUCCAGAAGCUCAAAGGACGAAUGGGUGAUCUCUAGGGUUUUCAAGAAAACCGGUUUAGCCAAUACCGGAGCCUCAGCAGGAGGAGGAGGAGCUAGUGUUAGCGUAAGCAGUGGGUCUAAAAAGACGAAAGUACCCUCAAACAUCUCGAGAAACUACCGAGGGCAACCAAGCUCUCCAUCCUCCGUCUCACUCCCUCCUCUCCUUGACCACACCACAACCCUCGGCUACACCGAUAGCAGCUGCUCAUACGACGGCCGUAGCACCAACACAACCGCCACAGCCACCGCAUUAACCGAGCACGUGUCCUGUUUCUCCACUGCCACUACUUCUACUGCCUUGGGCUUAGAUGUUAACGUUGACUCAUUCAACCAUCUUCUACCGCCUUCGUUUGAUGCGUCGUCAGGGUUUGACCCUUUUCCUCGUUUCGUCUCUAGAAACGUCUCGGCUCUAUCUAACCUUAGGUCGUUCCAAGAUAACUUCAAUAACUUACCUUACUUUGGAUCGUCUUCUGCAUCGACCAUGACCUCCUCCGUGAAUCUGACUUCUUCUCACGGUGGCCCUGGAAUGAAUUACUGGCUGCAGACUGCGGCGGAAGAGACCGAAAACAAGGCCGGUCUGCUUAAUGGUGGACUUGACUGCGUAUGGAACUACUAAUUACAAGAAGAUGCGUUAACUAAUAAUUUUGUUCCCAUUAGGGUUUUAUUUUAUUUUCUAGGAUAUUUCUAAGUGUGUA